AUGGAUCCCCCAUCAUUACCCUCAAUCCCGGCCUUGGACAACACCUUCGGAGCUCUUCUCGUUGGAACCUUCGUAGGCCUCGUACUGUAUGGUAUAACUCUGCUGCAGGCGCUCAAUUACUUUUGCACAUAUCCGCAUGACCCUAGAUUGUUGAAAUUUGUGGUCCCUCAAUACGCUGCCCCUGCUAUCAGGACUGUGUAUCAUUACGUCACAGAGGUGAGGGAACCCGACUUCGACGCCGACGGCUGUGCGAUGUUGAUCACCAUCCCAAGCUUCUUCGCCCGACGUGUCUGCAAAUUGGGGAGCGGCUUUAGGAUCAUAGUCGGUCUCGCUAUACUACUCUGUGUUGUAAUGCUAGGAUUCUUCGUGGCAACAACAGCAAAGGCUGUCAUUCUCCCCACAUUCGACGCCUUCGACCAUGUAACGUGGUUGAUCUCCGCCGGAUUCACGGCAGCGGUCGUCGCCGAUCUGCUCCUCACUGCCGUCCUCAUCUUCGUCCUUGGUCGCAAUCGCACAGGAUACCACAACACGGACUCAGCCAUGGAUCUCAUUGCUCUUUACGCGAUAAAUACAGGCGCUCUCACUGGAGCCGUGAACAUCCUCAGCCUCGUAUUCGCGUUCGUGCAAAGUGACAACCUCAUCUACGUCGGAAUAGGCAUCCCUAGCGCGAAGCUGUACACCAACACUCUACUCGCCGCGUUGAACUCGCGCGAGACGAUAUCGAAAGUUAGUGCUGGGAUAUGUUAG